CGCUCCGCUCUGCAACAGAUUCCGCUCCUCCGCAUCUCUCUCUCUCUCUCUCUCUCAGGGUUUUAGGAAGGGGAGUUGUAUCCAGCAAAAUCCCAUUCAAUUCCAUUCUAUAAGAAAAUCCAAGAAGAAGGAAAAAAGCAGACACGGACAGGAGAAAAGAAGAGUCACGUGUGGUGUGGGCCACUGCCAUCGCGCCUCUUGAUAUUAGCCGUACGCUCCCUCCCAAAAUAAAUCCUCUCCGAUCCGAUCCGAUAAGAGAGAGAAAGAGAGAUGCUUUCCACAUGGCUCUUUUCUUUUUCUCCUUCGUACUGCUUUUAGCGGGUUGGAUUCGAUGACGGGACCCGAUAAGAACGGGCCGACCCGAGUGAGGGGGCUGGUGCUGAAAGCUCUGGUUCUGAUCGGCGGGGCGCUUCUCAUCAAGAGAUUCUCCAAGUCCACCACUCGUUGGGAUCAUGCCCGCAUUGUCGCGGAAUCCCUAUGCGGUGAGAAGUUUUCACGGGAACAAGCUCGCAGGGAUCCCGUUAACUAUUUCAAUUUGAGAAUGCUUACAUGCCCAGCAACAGAGAUGGUCGAUGGUUCAAGGGUUUUAUAUUUUGAACAAGCAUUUUGGAGAACUCCUCAGAAGCCCUUUCGACAAAGAUUUUAUAUGGUGAAGCCCUGUCCAAAAGAGAUGAAAUGUGAUGUUGAGCUGAGUUCCUAUGCCAUUAGGGAUGCUGAGGAGUACAAAAACUUCUGUGAUCGGCCAAAGGAUCAGCGACCACAGCCUGAUGAAGUUAUCGGAGAUAUUGCCGAACAUCUGAUAACCAUUCAUCUCUCGCGCUGCGAACGUGGAAAGCGCUGCUUAUAUGAAGGUUCAACCCCUUCUGGCGGUUUCCCUAAUUCAUGGAGUGGUGCGGCAUACUGCACUUCAGAUCUUGCGCUCCUUAAACAUAACGAAAUACAUACAUGGGAUAGGGGUUAUGACGAUGAAGGAAAUCAAGUUUGGGGAGUGAAGGGAGGUCCGUAUGAGUUCAAGCCCGCUCCGACAUCAACUGCAUCGGGCUUUGAUGACAUGUUUUCCCCUCUAAAUUUCCUACCGCCUAUCUCAUUGGAGAAGAGGAUAGAAGAUUCGUUUGUCGUGUAGGAAUGAUCAGUCUUCAUUGUAUACAUCGCAAUCAAAUUUUCAGGUACCAUUAUCAAAGAUUUCCCGGCAGUGGGGAUUUACAGCUCCUCCUAUUGAUGCUACAGCACUCUCGAUAAUCUCUCGUGGCACCAUCCCAUCACAUAUGAAGAUGACUCAAUAGUGGAAAUUGCAAUUUCUUCUCAUGCUUGCAUUGGGUACUUGAAGGGGUAAGCAGACAAAUGGCAGGGCCCAUGUGAUCAAGUGUGACUGUUAGACUCUCAGGCAAGUGUUGGGGCCCAUCCAAUCCAUAUGAAUCGGUGUCAGUCCCAUUACGAUGAAAUCCCACUCAAGGAUCCCACUGGAGGGUAGUUGGAUCACAUCAUUAUAUCUAUUAUCUCUCUUUUUAAGGGAAUUUAAUCUUGAUUAGCUGACUAUUAUGGUUGGUUCAGGUGUACGAGAUAUCCCUACUCUUAAUGUUGGUAAAAGAAUAAACUGCUUUCAAGAUAUAUAAUGGAGAAAUGUUCAUACAA